UCAAACUUGGACAAUUACAUAGACAAAUGUGUCACAGACAGAGGUUGGUCCGGGGAUGAAGGCUGUGACGAGUCUGUUGUUAUUGUAUCUGAUAGACUCUCGUCAGCCUCUGAGUUUUCACUGAAAACGGCGAAACCGCUGUUUUUGACCCCUCUGCCUCCUUCUACCUCCGUGUGUCUAUCCGAAUCUGUAAGUCUGUCUAUCUGUGUGCGUGAGCUCCAAUCCCCGACUGUCCGAGCCUGA